CGACGCCGCUCACGGGGCUGUGCCCCCCGCAGGGUGUUUCGCCCGGAGGCGCCAUGGGCAAGAGCUGCAAGGUGGUGGUGUGCGGGCAGGCGGCCGUGGGCAAGACGUCCAUCCUGGAGCAGCUGCUCUACGGCAACCACGUGGUGGGCUCCGACAUGGUGGAGACGCAGGAGGACAUCUACGUGGGCUCCAUCGAGACGGAGCGCGGCGUGCGCGAGCAGGUGCGCUUCUACGACACGCGGGGCCUGCGCGACGGCCUCGAGCUGCCCAAGCACUGCUUCUCCUGCACCGACGGCUACGUGCUCGUCUACAGCACCGACAGCAAGGAGUCCUUCAAGCGCGUGGAGCUCCUCAAGAAGGAGAUCGACAAGUCCAAGGACAAGAAAGAGGUCACCAUCGUGGUGCUGGGCAACAAGUGUGACCUGCAGGAGCAGCGCCGCGUGGACCACGACGCGGCCCAGCACUGGGCCAAGGGCGAGAAGGUGAAGCUGUGGGAGGUGUCCGUGGCCGACCGGCACACGCUCAUCGAGCCCUUCAUCUACCUGGCCAGCAAGAUGACGCAGCCGCAGAGCAAGUCCGCCUUUCCCCUGAGCCGCAAGAACAAGGGCAGCGGCUCCCUGGAUGGCUGAGCCUCGUCCUGCCCUUCCUCUCCACUGCCACCUCCUCUCCCUCACCUGCGUUAUCCUCCCGGAGCUGGCGGGGAGCCUCCGGAGGCGGAACGGGCUCCCUAGGGCCGGGCUUUGGGGAUGGCAGCGCCGA